GUCUUUAGAUUCUCGUUUACACGAACAAUGAAUAGAACUUGGAAAAUAUAGGAGAAAAUCUAUGGAGGAGAGAGAGAAAGAGAAGGGGAAGGGGAGCGAGAGAUGGACUGCAGCGAUCUCGAAUCUCACCGAAAUGGCUUCGAAUCUUGAAUCCCUCCAAAAAUUACUAACGACGAAAGCUGUUUACGUCGACGAUGAGACCUUUGCGAGGGCCUCUCUAACCUCUGAACAAGCCCGUACCAUCAAGGUUCUUGAACAAAGAGUAGAGACUUUAGAAAGAGAACUAGACUCUGCCAUUUCAGCUGCUGCUCAUGCACGUACUGAAAAACGUCAAGCUGAGGCAGCAAAGAAGGCUUCCGAAUUACGCGCCCAAGAGAUCACAAGAGAGCUUGAAAACACUACGAAAGUAUUCGAACUGCACAUGGAAGAGUUACGUGCAAAGCAAGAUGAAAUUUCCAAGCGUGAUAAAGAAAUCAAACUUCUUGAAGCUAUAAUUCAGACAAUUGGUGGCAAAGAGUCAAUUUCUACAAAGAGCUAAGUCCCUGUUUUUGUGAAUUCUACAUUAUCAUGUUUAUUCCCUCAAAAAUUAAACACGAACUUGUGUAUAUUUUGUAAUUCCACAUAAUGAUCAUAUCAAAAACUUUCGAGGAAUUGAUACAUCCUCAAAAUAAAUUCAUCUAUGUUAGUUAACUUAAACCCCACCCCCUUCGUUCAUGGUAGCAGAUUCUUUGGUACGUAGUCUUCCUCGCUAUUUUCUCGAUCAUUUAUAGCAUGUUUGGUAACAUAUUAUUGCAGAUUGUUAUAGUAUAUUUUCACUUUAUAUCAUGUCAAUUUUUGAUUUA